CUGAGGCGGGCUGGCUGUUUCAAACAGGCUGGUUUUCUUUCCUUAGCCAUAGAUGAGUACAAGCCCCUGGAUGCCACCACAAACCCCUCCCUGAUCCUUGCUGCGGCUCAGAUGCCGGCAUACCAGAAGCUCGUGGAUGAUGCUGUUGCCUACGGGAAGAAGCUUGGUGGGUCAGAAGAGGAGCAGAUCAAAAAUGCUUCUGACAAACUUUUUGUAUUAUUUGGAGCUGAAAUCCUGAAGAGGAUACCUGGUCGUGUGUCCACAGAAGUAGAUGCAAGGUUGUCCUUUGAUAAGGAAGGAAUGAUCCAAAGGGCGAGGCGCCUCAUCGACCUCUACAAGGAAGUAGGGGUUGGUAAAGAUCGGAUUCUCAUCAAGCUCUCUUCAACCUGGGAAGGAAUCCAGGCUGGCAGGGUCCUGGAGGCCGAGUAUGGGAUUCACUGCAACAUGACCUUGCUGUUCUCCUUUGCUCAGGCUGUUGCCUGUGCUGAAGCUGGAGUUACUCUCAUUUCCCCAUUCGUGGGACGGAUCCUGGACUGGUAUGUUGCAAAUGGAGACAAGAAAACCUACGAGCCUUCAGAGGAUCCAGGAGUGAAGAGUGUCACCAAGAUCUAUAACUACUACAAAAAGUUUGGCUACAAAACCAUCGUGAUGGGCGCCUCGUUUCGCAACACGGGCCAGAUCAAAGCGCUCACGGGCUGUGACUAUCUCACCAUCUCACCCAAGCUCCUGGCAGAGCUCAGCAAAGAGCAUGUCAAGUUAACUCCCACACUCAGUGUCAAAGAGGCUCAGGCGUGUGAUCUUGAGAAGAUGCACCUGGACGAGAAGGCAUUCCGCUGGCACCACAACGAAGACCAGAUGGCCGUGGAGAAGCUCUCUGAUGGCAUCAGGAGAUUUGCUGCAGAUGCAGUUAAGCUGGAGAGGAUGUUAAAGGAGCGAAUGUUCGGCACUGAAAAUGGAAAAUAAGAAAAGAAAAAUUAAUAAUCAGCAUUUCCCUGAGUUCUCCAAGCUGAGGUGGAUCACCUGAGGUUCAGUGGAUGUACAAAUGUCUUACCUGUACAAGUAUCAUGCUGUGUAUGGAUAGAUUUCUGUAUCAUGCUUUUUUUUUAUCAAUUUGCAAAGGGACAAAUGGAAUUUCAGAUUUUUGUGGCACUUUUGUCAAUACAUGCAAAUUAAAACCGACUUGCCUUGUAA